CCGACGGAGCUUGUCAGAUUGGGUUGGGUUGAGUCACUCAAUAUCACAAUAACCUAGAAGAAACGCAAAAAAGUAAUAAACGAAAAGAUCACCAUGGCUAAACCUGUAGAUUUAGAGCUAAAAAAAGCAUUUGUUGAAUUACAAGUCAAAAUGGUUGAAACUAGCAAGAAAAUACAGGUGAUAGACUCCCAAAUUAGUGUAUUGAACCGCAUCUUGCAGCACGUAGACAUAACUCAACGUGAAAUCAGUACCAUGCCUCCUGAUACGAAGACCUAUGAGUCCGUGGGCCGAAUGUUCUUACUUACUGACUUUGAAGAAGUUAAAGCCAAUUUGAAAAACCGAGAGGCGCAAGUGAAAACGCGUACUAAAGAAUUGGAGAACAAUAAGCAGUAUCUGGAAAAAAACUUGAAAGAAAGUGAAGACAAUAUCAGGGAAAUGGUACAACAGAGGAAGGAACAGAGUGAAAUAAAAUCAUAACAAGUUUUGUUUUUGUACUGUGGCUUCAUUUCUAUUAUAAAGCCCACAAAAAGCAUCUCAUUAAUUUUAUUCACAAGGUUAGAGAAAAAAACGUAUAAUAGUAAUGAACUCAAAGAUUUUUAGCUACUUACAUGUAUUAAGCACUUCAACAGUAAUUUAUUGUAACAAAUUAUGCUUGCUUUGUACCAAGUUUUAUUAAAAUUAUAAUAACUU